AUGUACGCUCAGCCCCCGUGUACGCUCAGGUCCCCAUGUACGCUCAGCCCCAGUGUACACUCAGCCCUCACCCGUGUAAGCUCAGCCCCCGUGUACACUCAGCCCUCACCCGUGUACGCUCAGAUCCCGUGUACACUCAGCCCCCGUGUACGCUCAGCCCCCGUGUACGCUCAGCCCUCACCCGUGUACGCUCAGCCCCUGUGUACGCUCAGCCCCCGUGUACGCUCAGCCCCCGUGUACGCUCAGGUCCCGUGUACACUCAGCCCCCGUGUACACUCAGCCCCCGUGUACGCUCAGCCCCCGUGUACACUCAGCCCCCGUGUACACUCAGCCCCCCGUGUACACUCAGACCACGUGUACACUCAGCCCCCGUGUACGCUCAGCCCCCGUGUACGCUCAGAUCCCGUGUACGCUCAGAUCCCGUGUACGCUCAGCCCCCGUGUACGCUCAGCCCCCGUGUACGCUCAGGCCCCGUGUACGCUCAGAUCCCAUGUACGCUCAGGCCCCGUGUACGCUCAGCCCCCGUGUACGCUCAGGUCCCGUGUACACUCAGCCCCCGUGUACACUCAGCCCCCGUGUACGCUCAGCCCCCGUGUACACUCAGCCCCCGUGUACACUCAGGCCCCGUGUACGCUCAGGUCCCGUGUACGCUCAGCCCCCGUGUACACUCAGGUCCCGUGUACGCUCAGCCCCCGUGUACGCUCAGGUCCCGUGUACGCUCAGCCCCCGUGUACGCUCAGCCCCCGUGUACGCUCAGCCCCCGUGUACGCUCAGGCCCCGUGUACGCUCAGCCCCCGUGUACGCUCAGGUCCCGUGUACGCUCAGCCCCCGUGUACGCUCAGGUCCCGUGUACGCUCAGCCCCCGUGUACGCUCAGCCCCCGUGUACGCUCAGGCCCCGUGUACGCUCAGGCCCCGUGUACGCUCAGCCCCCGUGUACGCUCAGCCCCCCGUGUACACUCAGCCCCCGUGUACGCUCAGGUCCCGUGUACGCUCAGCCCCCGUGUACGCUCAGCCCCCGUGUACGCUCAGCCCCCGUGUACGCUCAGCCCCCAUGUACACUCAGCCCCCGUGUACGCUCAGCCCUCACCCGUGUACACUCAGCCCCCGUGUACGCUCAGCCCCCCGUGUACACUCAGCCCCCCGUGUACGCUCAGGUCCCGUGUACGCUCAGCCUCCGUGGACACUCAGUCCCCGUGUACGCUCAGGUCCCGUGUACACUCAGCCCCCCGUGUACACUCAGCCCCCCGUGUACGCUCAGCCCCCGUGUACGCUCAGCCCCCCGUGUACGCUCAGUCCCCGUGUACGCUCAGUCCCCGUGUACGCUCAGAUCCCGUGUACGCUCAGCCCCCGUGUACGCUCAGCCCCCGUGUACGCUCAGCCCCCGUGUACACUCAGCCCCCGUGUACACUCAGCCCCCGUGUACGCUCAGCCCCCCGUGGACGCUCAGCCCCCCCGUGUACACUCAGCCCCCGUGUACGCUCAGCCCCCGUGUACACUCAGCCCCCGUGUACGCUCAGCCCCCCGUGUACACUCAGCCCCCGUGGACGCUCAGCCCCCGUGUACACUCAGCCCCCGUAUACGCUCAGCCCCCCGUGUACACUCAGGUCCCGUGUACGCUCAGCCCCCGUGUACACUCAGCCCCCCCGUGUACACUCAGAUCCCGUGUACAUUCAGAUCCCGUGUACACUCAGCCCCCGUGUACGCUCAGCCCCCGUGUACGCUCAGCCCCCGUGUACGCUCAGCCCCCGUGUACGCUCAGCCCCCGUGUACGCUCAGCCCCCGUGUACGCUCAGCCCCCGUGUAAGCUCAGCCCCCGUGUACGCUCAGCCCCCGUGUACGCUCAGCCCCCGUGUACACUCAGAUCCCGUGUACGCUCAGCCCCCGUGUACGCUCAGCCCCCGUGUACGCUCAGAUCCCAUGUACGCUCAGCCCCCGUGUACGCUCAGAUCCCGUGUACACUCAGCCCCCGUGUACACUCAGCCCCCGUGUACGCUCAGCCCCCGUGUACGCUCAGCCCCGUGUACACUCAGGUCCCCGUGUACGCUCAGGUCCCGUGUACACUCAGGUCCCGUGUACACUCAGGUCCCGUGUACACUCAGAUCCCGUGUACGCUCAGCCCCCCGUGUACGCUCAGCCCCCCGUGUACGCUCAGGUCCCGUGUACGCUCAGGUCCCGUGUACACUCAGGUCCCCGUGUACGCUCAGGUCCCGUGUACACUCAGCCCCCGUGUACGCUCAGGUCCCGUGUACGCUCAGGUCCCCGUGUACGCUCAGGUCCCCGUGUACGCUCAGCCCCCCGUGUACACUCAGCCCCCCGUGUACGCUCAGUCGCCCCCCUCCCCCCGUCCUGGAUGCACUGGGUGGGAGGAGGGAGACGCCGCAGUGGCUGCCGCCAGGAACCAGGUCUUCUGCGCAGCAGUGCAGCGGCGCCCACGCGUGGUGAGCGGGUGGGCCCCGGCCAGCCCUGUGGAACGGCUUGGAGAAGACAGGACACAGUAG